CAGAGUGCUUCUCGUGCUCACAGAGCUCAACAUGUUCUUGAAGAAUGGACAGCUCAAAACCACCACAUAAUGAACUGGAAUAUACUGCAGUGGGUGCUUCUCCUGGCAUCUGCUGGGCAAAUCCAUAGCCGUGCCCUGCGUUUCACCACCCCGGAGGAGCAAGAAGCAGGCGUUAAGAUCGGAAGUCUAAGCACAACCUACUCCGCUCCAUACCGGCUCCUCGAUGAAAGAUACAUCAGAGUGGACGAGAGCACAGGGGAUCUGUUCACUAAAGAGCGCAUAGACAGAGAGGCCUUGUGUCCAUCACAUCAGGAUGGGGACUGUACUUUUUCAAAUACCGCAGUCGUGAGUCUUAAUUUUGAAGUCGUGCCAAUGAUAAUCAUUGUGGAUGAUAUUAAUGACAACGCUCCUAUUUUCGAGAGGAAUGAGAUUCCUCUGCACAUACCUGAAGAUGCAUCAAAUGGGACUGCUUUCCCACUGGAUGACCAAGCCCAGGAUAAGGAUACGGGCGAUAAUGGCGCGAUACGUUACUAUUUGGAAGACUCUGGUGGCUUUUUUAGCAUCAGACAAGACGGGCAUGAACUCGAGCUGGUGGUACAAAGAGAACUGGACCGGGAAACUCAGGAAAACCACCUCUUGGUUCUUGUAGCAGUAGACGGAGGUUCUGUACCACUCAGCACUACAGCUAAUCUCAAUGUAACUGUAACCGAUGUUGAUGACAAUUGCCCAGAGUUUGACACCGACAGUCCCACCGCAGCCAUUGUGUCAGCGUUAGGAGUCAAGGGCACUGCGGUGGCCCAGCUUAGAGCCACAGACAAAGACCUGGGCCAAAAUGCCCAGAUCACAUUCUCCUUCAGCCGUCAGAUCUCAGACAGGGCCAAAGCGCUCUUUCACUUGAAUGGACACACAGGCCUGAUCAGCUUAGCUGUUGACUCGGAGGUUGACAGUCCCGAGGAGCACGCAUUGAAAGUCUUUGCGAAUAGCCCACUUUGUCCCCCUGAGCAAACUCAGGUAAGCGUAUACAUGCAGCCAGUGACGAGCCCAGGGCCGUCCGUAAAGAUCAAGUUUGUCGCCGAGCAUAAACACCAAGUGAUCGUGUUACAAGAAAAUGAGCCCCCCACCGUCUUAGCCCUCUUGGAGCUGGAAGACACCUCUACUGCUAAAGGUACUCUGUCCUUAGAAAAAGACAGCAUGCCGUUUUCUUUGAAGCCGCAAGCAGGCAGCUAUUUGCUUUCAACAUCAAAACCCCUAGAUUUUGAGAUGUGCAGCGAGUAUGAGGUUACAGUUAUUAUUUCUGAUCCUCGUGGCACACGCCUACACAGAAGGGAAGUGAUCAAAGUGCUUGUUGAAGAUGUGAAUGAUAAUGCCCCAAAGUUUGAACAAACACGUUAUGAAAAGGACAUCAGUGAGAACAACGAGCCUGGAGUGUUUCUGCUGAGAGUCCAGGCUAGCGACGCAGACAGCCAGCGGUUUGGCAAAGUAAGGUACAGGCUUACAAAUGGAGGACCUUUCAGAAUCGACGAAGAGAUGGGUGUGAUAUCGGUGGCAGAGACUUUGGAUAGAGAACAGCAGGAGACGUACGUCCUGAUCGUUCUGGCCCGGGACGGCGGCGAACCGUCUCAGGAGGGCUCCGCUAUUGUGUCCGUAAACAUACUGGAUCUGAAUGAUAAUCCACCGGCCUUUCCUACCCCACAUUUCUAUUUCUUCGUGUCUGAGAGCAUUCCACAACUUUCCCAAGUUGGGAAAGUCACAGCAAGUGAUAGUGAUAAAGGAGAGAACGGCCGGAUAGCGGAUGUGCGUAUUUUAAACGACGAAGUCCCUUUUGCCAUAGACCUGGCACAGGGAUCGCUCCGCAGUACUGGUGAUGUCGACCGCGAGAAGCAAGACCGCUAUGAGCUUCUGGUAGUAGCCGUAGACGGCGGCAGUCCGGUCCUUUCCGCUACAGCAAGAAUGACCAUUUUUAUUGAGGAUGUCAAUGAUAAUCAACCCCAGGUCCUUCUUCCUAGCAGCAACCUCUCCUGUCUGACCAUAUCCCCAGCUACUCGAGCAGGAAGCAUGAUAACAAAGAUUUUCGCCAUUGAUGAGGACUCAGGAAUGAAUUCGGAUAUCACUUACCAAAUUAUUGCAUCCAAACCGCCUCUACACAGCCCCUUCCAGAUUGACCAGCACUCAGGAAACAUUACUCUGGUCCAGCACCUGAGCGGCGAGGACUACGGCAUGCACCAGCUCUGCAUAGUCGUUCGCGACGGAGGAAAGCCAGACCCGCUGCAGACCACCGUGUGGGUCCACCUGCUUGUCAACGAGACGUUGGAAACAUGUCACGUGAAUGCCGUUCCGGAUUACUCGCCGCCACGACUGCCUCCUCCAAUGCCUGUCAAAGACUGCAGGUGUGAAUCAAAUGCCUGGCUUAUUUUUUAUUGUGGCCUGUGUCUGAUGGUCAUCUCAGUCUGUGUUCUCCUGGCGGUCGUAGUGGUGUUUAUGAAGCACAGAAAGACAAAAAGGAAAGUCAAACAAAAGAAUGUAUGGGAAACUGGAAAUCUCUGUGAACUGAAACCUUUGAACUAAAGCGAAGGCUCAGCAGAUACACCAAUAAAAUGUUUGUGUAAAUAUUACAAAAGCUUUUUUAUAACCUGCAAAUAAUAUUCUUUGCCUAGUACUUUUUGUUAGUAUUGUAAUAGUAAUAUACUGUAGUAGUAUUAGU